CUAUCGCCAUUUAUAAUCUUUUCAUUGCUCUUCACUCCCACUUUAUCAAGAACUGGGGCCUCACCUCCUCUGUCCAAUUCUGCUUACUCUUCUUUUCACAAACACUCCUUUCUAAUACUCAUCAAUUUCUGCAGUUAUUGUCUUGGCCCUCCAUAUAUUUAUAAGCUUUGUUUCAUGAUUAAAUGCAUCGCUUUUAAAUAUUUUUUUCUGGGGUUCAUAAAGAUUGCUCCUUUCUGCAUCGAGGAGGCUAUUUGGAUUUCUGGAUUUGAAGAGUUGGCGUUUUUUUUAUUGAGGUGUGCUGUUGUCCUUAUUGAGAAUGCAUGGGAUUUCAGUGUACAAGGAAUUGGGUGGAAUUAGAGAUGGAAGAAGAGAUUUCUAAGUUGGGGCCAUUACCUAAUACAACAUCUAGGAAUCUCUCAUCAUCUUCGUCUGCAUUUUUCUCUGCAAAUCAGUCUCCUUUCUUCUCCCCAAGAUCAUCUAAUUGUCGUAAAUCUGCGCAAUCGGACGAACUGUGCCCUUCCGCCACCACAAAUGCGGAUAAUGGAGAUGCGAGUUUGGAUAAUGCUGAAUCAGAGCUUCUAAUGAGCAUCCGAUACGCCUCAGCUGAUGUCUGUCCUGGUGCUGAAGCAUGUACGUCGAGUGAUCCCUUGAAGUUGGGGUCUUCGACGGGUUUAUCUGUAAGUCCCCUGUCAAGUAAUGAAGUUCUGCCUCAAAAUGGUUGUUCUAAGCAAAAGAGUAAAGGGAAAAGGGUUGAGAGGUCACUUGAGAUUGAAGUUCCUCCGGCUUCCUAUUCGUCGAAUAGGCUGAGGAGCUGUGAUGUUUAUGUUGGCUUUUACGGCCGGAAGCCUCUGUUACUGAGGUUUGCAAACUGGCUUCGCGCUGAGUUAGAGGUUCAAGGUUUGAGCUGCUUUCUCACUGACAGGUCUAGAUGCCGGAAUUCUCGUAAGCACAACAUUGUUGAGAAAGCUAUGGAUGCUUGCACUUACGGAGUUGUGAUCCUGACAAAGAAGUCGUUCAGAAAUCCAUACACCAUUGAAGAGCUGAGGUUUUUCUCAAGCAAGAAGAAUUUAGUUCCUAUAUACUUUGAUUUGGGUCCAGAUGACUGUCUUGUCAGGGAUAUAGUCGAGAAGAGAGGUGAGGUGUGGGAAAAAUACGGUGGUGAACUAUGGUUACUUUAUGGAGGAGUCGAGAAGGAAUGGAAAGAUGCAUUAGGUGCCCUUUCUCGUGUUGAUGAGUGGAAGCUAGAGGCUCGAGAUGAGCAGUGGAGGCAUUGCAUACUAAGAGCUGUUUCUCUAUUGGCAUUGAGGUUAGGAAGGAGAAGUGUCGUGGAUCGGGUGACAAAGUGGAGGGAGAAGGCCGAGAAAGAGGAGUUCCCUUUCCCUCGAAAUGAGAAUUUUGUUGGUAGGAAAAAGGAGAUAUCCGAGCUGGAAUUCAUGCUUUUUGGGGAUGUUAGCGGAGAUGCUGAGCGAGACUACUUUGAGCUCAAGGCCAGACCGAGGAGGAAGAACUUAACGAUUGCAUGGGGAAGGACUAGUUCAAUAGAUGAGAAGCAGAGGGAUAGACAAAGUGAGAGUAGUAAGCGUAAGGGGAAAGAACCAAUUGAAUGGAGGGAAUCGGAAAAGGUAAUAGAGAUGCAAAACACUGAAUUUUCUCAACCACAGCAUCACACAGCAAAGCCGAAGAAUGGCAGAAGGAACGGAAGGAGAAGAUCGUUGAAAGUUGAAUAUGGCAAGGGAAUCGCUUGUGUAUCAGGUGACUCGGGGAUUGGCAAGACCGAACUCGUUUUAGAGUAUGCUUACCGGUACCAUCAAAGAUAUAAGAUGGUUCUUUGGAUAGGCGGCGAAAGCAGAUACAUACGUCAAAACUAUAUGAACUUGUGGUCGUUCCUAGAGAUAGACGUAGGGGUGGAGAGCUGCACGGAGAAAACCCGGCCAAAGAGCUUCGAAGAGCAAGAGGAAGCUGCUAUAGCCAGAAUCCGGAAGGAGCUCAUGAGGAACAUUCCAUUUCUAGUGGUGAUCGACAAUUUGGAGAGCGAGAAGGAUUGGUGGGAUCACAAACAUGUAAUGGACCUGCUGCCCCGGUUUGGUGGGGAGACGCACGUCAUCAUAUGCACACGCUUGUCCCGGAUAAUGAACCUCGAGCCACUGAGGCUGUCUUACCUAUCCGGUGUUGAGGCAAUGUCUUUGAUGCAGGGCGUCGUGAAAGAUCAAUCGGUCAGUGAGAUUGACGCGCUUCGUGUCAUUGAGGAGAAACUCGGAAGGCUAACCCUGGGAUUAGCCAUCGUGGGAGCUAUUCUCUCAGAGCUUCCUAUCACGCCUAGCAGGCUUCUCGACACCAUAAACCGGAUGCCUUCAAAGGUUCCAUCAUGGACUGGUCGCGAAAACCAUCCCCUGAGGCGGAACAAUUUCCUCUUGCAGCUCUUCGAAGUAUGCUUCUCGAUAUUUGACCAUGCAGACGGGCCAAGGAGUCUGGCGACUCGGAUGGUUCUUGCAAGUGGCUGGUUUGCCCCAGCACCCAUCCCUCUGCCCAUCUUAGCCGGGGCUGCAAAGAAAAUACCGGAGAAGAAACGCCACAGACGGCUCUGGAGAAAGAUCCUCGUGUCUUUAGCAUGCGGCCUCACAUCAUCCUUUGCUCGAAGAUCAGAAGCAGAAGCCUCUUCACUGCUGCUGAGAUUCAACAUGGCAAGAAACUGCACGAAACAAGGAUGCAUCCAGUUCAACCACCUCGUCAAGCUGUACUCGCGAAAGAGAGGGAUCUCGGGCGUUCCACAGGCCAUGGUCCAUGCUGUCAUCGCCCGGGGCUCUAUGUCCCACAGCUCCGAACACAUAUGGGCCGCGUGUUUCCUGCUGCUCGGGUUUGGGAAGGACCCCAUCGUUGUGGAGCUCAAGGUGACGCAACUUCUGCUCCUCGUCAAAGAAGUGAUCCUGCCGCUUGCCAUAAAGACAUUCGUCAGCUUCUCCCGCUGCAACGCUGCCAUGGAGCUGCUCCGGCUGUGCACAGACGCACUGGAAGCAACGGAUCAGGAACUCGUUACUCCGGUGGAUAAAUGGCUGGACAAGUCGCUUUGCUGGAAACCGAUACAGACGAACGCACAGCUGAAUCCUUGCCUGUGGCAGGAUCUUGCGUUGGCUCGGGCCACUGUGCUUGAGGUCAGGGCGAAGCUGAUGGUGAGAGGUGGGAAAUUCGACAUCGGCGACGAUCUGAUAAGGAAGGCUGUUUACAUUAGAACUUCAAUAUGUGGUGAGGAUCAUCCAGACACCAUCUCGGCUCGUGACACACUCACAAAACUCACUAGAAUUAUUGCCACUGUUCAAACUCAUACUUCCCCCUAGAUUUUAUUUAUUUUUCUUGCCUUCAGAGCUCAUAAUAGAAUUAUAGUAGUAGUACAGAAUUUUGAAUAAGCUGCAUUCUAUAUUCAAUGGAAUUUGUAUGAGUUUAAUUGGCA